CAAGUGACCCCGCCUCUUUAACAAAAACCUACACCCGAACAACUGAAAUAAAGUGUAUUUAAGGUCUGACUGCAGAGAAUAGGCUAACAAAUAAAAUAUCGCGUGGAACAAAAUGCCUGCAGUCUCUAAAGGAGAUGGAAUGCGUGGCCUUGCUGUGUUUAUAUCGGACAUUAGGAACUGUAAAAGUAAAGAAGCAGAGAUCAAGAGAAUUAACAAAGAGUUGGCCAACAUCCGCUCAAAAUUUAAAGGAGACAAGGCAUUAGAUGGCUACAGUAAGAAGAAAUAUGUGUGCAAGCUGCUUUUCAUAUUCCUUCUUGGCCAUGACAUUGACUUUGGCCACAUGGAGGCAGUCAACCUGCUCAGUUCCAACAAGUACACAGAGAAACAAAUUGGUUACCUGUUCAUCUCAGUGCUGGUCAACUCAAACAGUGACCUCAUCAGUCUUAUCAACAAUGCCAUAAAGAAUGACCUGUCCAGCAGGAAUCCCACUUUCAUGAACCUGGCCUUGCAUUGCAUUGCCAAUGUGGGCAGCAGGGAGAUGGCUGAGGCUUUUGCAGCUGAGGUGCCCCGCAUCCUGGUGGCUGGGGACACUAUGGACAGUGUGAAGCAGAGUGCUGCCCUGUGCCUACUGCGUCUUAACAGGACCUCUCCAGACCUAGUACUCAUGGGGGAGUGGACCGCCCGGGUGGUUCAUCUGCUUAAUGACCAGCACCUGGGUGUUGUGACCGCUGCCACCAGCCUGAUUACCACACUGGCACAGAAGAGCCCAGAGGACUUCAAGACCUCUGUCUCCUUGGCUGUAGCCAGACUCAGCAGGAUCGUCUCCUCGGCCUCCACUGACCUGCAGGACUACACCUACUAUUUUGUUGCAGCUCCCUGGCUUUCUGUCAAGCUCCUGCGUCUCCUACAGUGCUAUCCUCCACCUGAGGAUGGUGCGAUCCGGGGCCGUCUGACGGAAUGUCUGGAAACCAUCCUGAACAAGGCCCAGGAGCCUCCCAAGUCGAAGAAGGUGCAGCACUCCAACGCUAAGAACGCUGUGCUGUUUGAGGCCAUCAGUCUAAUCAUCCACCAUGACAGCGAGCCCGCUCUGCUGGUACGGGCCUGUAACCAGCUGGGCCAGUUCCUCCAGCACCGGGAGACUAACCUGCGCUACCUGGCCCUGGAGAGCAUGUGCACCCUAGCCAGCUCUGAGUUCUCCCAUGAGGCUGUUAAGACACACAUUGAGACGGUCAUAAAUGCCCUCAAAUCGGAGAGAGAUGUCAGUGUGCGUCAGCGUGCUGUGGACCUGCUCUAUGCCAUGUGUGACCGCAGCAACGCCAAACAGAUUGUAGCAGAGAUGCUCAGCUACCUGGAGACGGCAGACUACUCCAUCAGAGAGGAGAUAGUGCUAAAGGUUGCCAUCCUGGCAGAGAAGUAUGCAGUUGACUACACCUGGUAUGUUGACACCAUCCUCAACCUGAUCCGCUUCGCUGGGGACUAUGUCAGUGACGAGGUCUGGUACCGCGUGAUCCAGAUCGUCAUCAACAGAGAUGAAGUGCAAGGUUAUGCUGCCAAGACAGUGUUCGAGGCACUCCAGGCCCCAGCCUGCCAUGAGAACCUGGUGAAGGUCGGAGGGUACAUUCUUGGGGAGUUUGGGAACUUGAUAGCAGGAGAUUCAAGGUCAAGUCCACUCAUCCAGUUUGACCUGCUCCACUCCAAGUUUCACCUGUGCUCRGUGUCCACCCGGGCUUUGCUGCUCUCAGCCUACAUCAAGUUCAUCAACCUGUUCCCUGAGGUGAAGGGCACCAUCCAGGAAGUGUUGCGCUCAGACAGCCAGCUCCGCAAUGCAGACGUUGAGCUACAGCAGCGUGCUGUKGAGUACCUGCGCCUCAGCUGCAUCGCCAGCACUGACAUACUGGCCACAGUGUUGGAGGAGAUGCCUCCCUUCCCUGAGAGGGAGUCCUCUAUACUGGCCAAACUCAAGAGGAAGAAGGGACCAGGAAACCUGCAUCUCGAUUUGGAUGAGAACCGCAAAGAACGCAGUGUCAAUGGGGGUACUGCAGACCAUAGCAGCACUACCUCAAAUGCCAAGGUGGCCGCGUCCCCCACUCCCUCCACAGACCUGCUUGGCCUGGGCAGCACCAUCGCCACUCAAAACUCUGCCCCUCCUGCCUCCAAGGUGGCAAGCCUGCUGGUGGAUGUCUUCUCUGGAAACAUAGCAGCCUUUCCUGUAGAGUCACCAGUGGCAGUGGGGCCUGUUGCAGAUGAGAACUUCUCCAGUUUCCUGCCGAAUACUCCACAAGUAGCAUAUGCCAACGCCACUCUGCCCACUGCAGAGGAACCUGAAGACAAGUUUGUUUGCAAGAACAAUGGUGUCCUGUACGAGAACCAGCUCCUCCAGAUCGGACUGAAGUCUGAAUUCAGACAGAAUCUAGGUCGGAUGUAUGUGUUCUUUGGUAACAAGACAUCAACCCAGUUCAUGAAUUUCGCUGCCUCUGUGGUCUGCCAAGAUACUCUGCAGGCUCAACUGAAUGUCCAUGCCAAGCCUGCAGACCCCACUGUGGACGGGGGUGCACAACUCCAGCAGAUACUCAACAUUGAGUGUGUGUCUGACUUUGUGGAUGCACCAGUGCUCAACAUUCAGUUUAGGUACGGGGGAACUCUCCAGAACAUUGCUGUUAAACUGCCUAUUACUUUAAACAAGUUCUUCCAGCCUACAGAGAUGACAUCGCAGGACUUCUUUCAGCGCUGGAAACAACUUGGAGCCCCUCAGCAAGAGGUACAAAAUAUCUUCAAAGCAAGGCAUUCCAUGGACACAGAGGUUACCAAAGCCAAGAUAAUGGGGUUUGGUGCUGCUUUGCUGGAUGGCGUAGAUCCAAACCCCUUCAACUUUGUGGGCGCUGGUGUCAUCCAUACAAAGACCACCCAGGUUGGCUGCCUCUUGAGACUGGAGCCUAAUACUCAAGCACAGAUGUACCGCUUAACACUAAGGACAAGCAGAGAUACUGUGUCACAGCGCCUGUGUGAGCUGCUCUCAGAACAAUUCUGAACUGUUUCCAGAUCAGGUCUUCUUACCUGGUAUACCACAGAGCUGUACAAGCUCCCCCUGCCACUUGUGAAGACACCACAUGGUUCAUAACAAACAGGUCACACUUAUCCUUCCCGUCUGUCUCAUUUAAAUUGGAAUUGAUGCAGUGUACAGUGUAAAUUCUUUUUUAUAUUUGACGUAUUAUAAAAGUACUGUAUAUCAAAUGACUUUUUCACUCACUACUAAUAUUUCUCUGCCUUAUGUCCAUGUGUGCACAGAAUAUUUACGGAUGUGCUUUUGUUGUGGAAAAGGCUUAGUCCUCUCCCUGUACUUUAAAGACAUAUUGACUGGAAAAUUGGAGUUCAGGGGGACUGGCAAGAAAAUGCCUUAAUUGUCUGACCCUCUUCUCCAACUGAGUAAUGAUAGUCCAUAGAUGUGCCUAUUUUGUGUUUCAGAUCCAGGGUUACAGUUACACAAGCAUACAUGAAAAGAUGUCGUCUUAUUUAGUUCUAAGGAUGGCAGCAGUCUUCUUUGCUCUUGUCUUACCUGUAAACAAGCCCUGUCCCUGAACACAUCAUGACCAUAUUGCAAACACUAGCCAUUGUGUUUUUUUGUGUGUAUGGAGGUGAGAAUUUAAAUUGCAGCGGUCAUUAUGUAGAUAUUUCCGGCUGGUCUUAACAGUCAGGUAAAGGGACUGUUAUGAGAAAUCAUCUUCUUGUUAGUAGUGUGUGUGUGCGCUUAUGUUAAACAAACCACUAAGGAAUUAAGUGCUGUCAUUAUAUUCAGAUAUGCAUACAAUUGUGUGUCCAACCAAAGUUAUCUGUCCCAAAUCAGGGGGUUAUUGGUAUCUAAUAUGUCUCUAGAACAUGUUUGUAUCUAAUGAAAUAAUUUUUUUGUUUGUUAAAUAGACACUGGCUGGAAUAUGGUUUUAACCAAUCAAGAUUAGACCCACCCGUUGUAUAAUCAUAGAUAUUACACAACCAUACCAGCAUCCGUCACCACUACGGAACCCUUCUAGAACAAAGGCUGGAAGUCUUCUAUGUAUUAUUUAUUUCAUUGGUUAAUAGGCUAUUUACACAGUUGGCUAAGGUUUUAGGUUGUUGAUAGUGUACCAUCAUAACAUUCACCAGAUUAUUUUAUAUUUUUGCAAUUGAAAUGGUAGAGUGCAAUAUAUAAUACAUGCAGCCAUUAGGUAUGCAUAACUCAGUUUCUUCUAUAUGCCAGAGAGCACUUUUUUUAUGCUCAUAAUAUAGGUGGUCGGUGUGUUAAACUUAAACAAGACAUUCAAUUACAAACUGGACAUGUUGAUGGUUUCGAUGAUUAUCAGAAUUACGAAUGUAUUCUUGUUAAUGGGGUAUAGGACCCUAAACUUAUCCGUGAUGGCAAAACAGAAAUCUUUCCUGCAGCACAUAGUGGUUUAUUAUCUCUUGGCCUCUAGCGAGUACUCUUCACACAGCAGUUGAAUGAUGGUUCAGGAGAGGAGCUGAGUUUCAGGGUUAGUCCUAUGCUUGUACACUUGGAAAAUGUUUAAUGGAACUUGACUAAUAGUGGAAUAUGUGAUGGCCACAACUAGUUCUGUGAUGUGUAGGGAGGAGCAGUUUUGUUUUAUGCAUAGAUAUUUACCCUGAAUCAAUAUAAUUCUGAUUAAAUUACGACGUAACUGGGCAAAAUGUC